GACUCGCGCCUGUCAUAACACAGACUGUUUUUUUUGCGAACUUUACGGGACUGAGGGGAACUGAAUAACGGCGGCUUUUCAAACACACCUGGCACCGACCGAGCAGGACAACAGCACAACGCAAAGAGCCCAUCGUGAGUGCACGUGAACCUGUCCGAUUAUGGAGAGCUCUUGCUGGCGGCAACUUCUCGCGCUUCACGUCCUGCUAUGGUGCCUCUCGAGCUACAACCUGCGCACAGAGGCCCUCCCAGUUCUACUAACAGACUGUGAGAUAAGUGAAUCUGAAAGAGAGAAUCCGUCUGCUCUGCAUGCCUCUCUGUGUGACCUCCUCUGGAAGAACCAGCAUAUGGAGCACAGCCAGAAUAUGUUCAAACGGUUUCUGUUCCACUACUCUAAAUCCCAGAAUGCCAUUGGCUCCAUGCAGAGGGAUUCCAACUCUGUUCACCCACUGAUGCGUCUCUCCCCAAACCUCUCUGCACGGAGGAAGAAACAACUCCUGCUCGUGAAGUCCCUAGGUCCUCUCAGGGCUUAGGAGUUCCACCAUCUUCAGCACAGGAGAGGAGAAGAGGAGAGAGAGAGGAGGAGAAGAGGAGAGAGAGAGGAGAGGAGAGAGAGGAGAAGAGGAGAGAGAGGAGGAGAGGAGGGUGUGUACAUACUCUCUUCAUUGACGGAGCACCAACUGCUGAACAUGGCCGCACAUUGUCCUGAUGACGUGAUCCUGCUGAACACUCCCGCCCAAGCGUCUUGUGAUCUGACCCUCCUGAACGCACCCUUAGGGGCUACACCAGACACAGCUAUCUGAUUCCCACCACAUCCCAUAACCCCA